UCAGCACAGCUCCUCCACCUGUUUGCAUCAGAGCACAAGGGGACUGUGGAGGAAAGAGGAAGGAGAAGUUUGUUCUUGUGCAGAUUGUUUUUGCAAAUCCUAUCCAAGACAUGUCGGACAGAUUUGAGGAAAUUCGUAGGGAAAGUGGUUUUAGUGGGAAUUACAUCCCUGUGGGUCGGCAGCUCCCGAGGACUCCUCCUCUGACGGACGUAAUCAAACACCUGGAUUUCUGUAGCGCCGACGAGGACUGUGAGAAUAUGGAGGCAGGUUUUAGAGAUCUCAAUGAGGAAAACAGGACGUUUGAUUUCAGCACGCCUGAAGCUAAAAAAGAACACGCGUCACAACCAGACGAACCGAACGCCAUGCUGAAAGGGAUGAAGGGGUACCAGCUGACACCGAGCGACUUGGAGUUCAUCAAGAAGAUGCAGCAAGAGAAGCUUUUAAAAAAACUGCAGAGCGACCUGGAGGAGGUGCAGAAGUCGUUGAAGAAGGAGAUGAUGGCUGCAGAGCUGGUGUAUGCCUCCAGGGAGAAAGCACAGGCCGAACUCAAAAAGUUUCCAUCCUGCGAGGAGAUCGCCGACUGGGUGAAGGUGGUCCUCAAAGUGACCUCGCCAUUGGCUGAGCUAGAAGACGUGGACACCAAGUCCCUCCUGGCCAUGGUGACCAAAGAGGACGUCCAAAGAGUCGUCGAUGACAAGAGGAUUGAGCUCGCUCGGAUGGAGAAGGUGGUGGCAAACAAGAGGAAGAAAGACGCUAAAGAGAGAGAGAAGCUUGAAAGACAGAUCACCAGUGAACAGGUGAAGAUACAGGGUUUAAUGAGCCAGUUGUCCGACCUGAAAUCUGAACUUGCACAACAAGAGGACGUCUAUAAAUCUCUUGAAGUGCAGAUCAACACCCAAGAAGCACCAGAAAUCAAAGCGGAAGCCGAAACCUCAGAGGAACAAGCUGCAAAAGGCCAAGUGCGACAUCGAGGGAAGGAAAGAAAAAAGGCAACGAACCAAACCAAAUCAACGAGGAGUACGCUGACAGACGCUGAGACCAGUGAGAAGGACGAUCAUGCAAACAAGAUCGCGGGCGAAACUGUGAAGACGAAACUGAAGACCGGAGCUGCUGCGACGGAGAAACAGACAAAAUCAGCUAAAGCAGCUCGAGGGCCUCAGAAGAAAGUCGAGGAGACGGAAUCAAAACCACAAGAGCCGGAACAAACUGUGAGGGGGCGUAGAAAGCCUGCGAGAGCCCCGCAGACCUCACAACCGAAGAAUCACAGUCAAGUGAAAACUGAGGAAGCUGCCUCCUCGCGCAGCGGACAGAAAGCUGGUGUCGACGAGGGUCAGGGCGCCGGGCUCAGGAGGUCCAAGAGGAUCGCCAGCCGGACCUGAACGUGUUCGCUAACGAUGAUGGUGAUCCAAUAUGUUACUUAAUGCCUGUGAAUCUUAGACCUACUGUCACCGUUUGGGCAUGUUAGCAUUGUCAUUUGCUUUUUUUUUGGUUAUAUAUUGAAAAUAAAAUGAUAAAAAAAAUCUGAA